AUGGCUCUUCCCUUCCCGGUCCUCGUGGCGGGAGGCCUGGACUCGUGCCUCUUUGUUUGGAACGCAGUGUCGUCUGCAUGCAUUGCGACGUUGAAGCUUCCAGAUGAGCAGGUCAACAGUUUGGCAACUUCUCAGCUGCCUUCCUCCUCACCCUCGGCCCGCAAACGCUCAAGUCGAUCCGAUGGCCUGUUGGAGGCCGGUCCUGGAGAUUACGCUUCUCCCAACCGCCAGGCAAAUCUGCAGGCGCCCUGGGCCGGAGGCGAAACUGCGCGCUGGGCCUCGCAGAACCACGCCGUCCUUGUUGCGGCGGCCGGGAAUCCUUCCAUUACGGUGUUUGACGUAGGCGCGCUGGCGGAACGCUCGGACGAUGUCCUCCCCAUUGCGACGUUACAAGGCCACGAGGGCAACGUCCGGAGCCUCGCAUUUGUUCCCGAUCCCUCCAGGCGCACGGCGCUCCAGACUCGUGGCGACAAGACCACUGCGGCAUCUCCCGGCAGCGAGAGCGGCGCUGGUGCCAGCGGCGGCGCCUCCCUCAUCUGUUCCUCCGGCGACGAUGCCACGUGCCGGAUCUGGGAUCUUCGAGCGCCCCGGCAUCAAAUGCUGUUGCAGAACGAGCCGGGUGUCUCCAUCAACUCUGUCUGUAGCGUGUCGCGACCGGACCUCCCAUUCCACGUCAUCAUCGCAGAUGCGAACGGGAGUUUGAAGGCCUGGGACCUGAGAAGUAACGCAACGUGGGAGUUGGCAAGGCCUGUACGGCCGCAAGGGUUGAACAUUGUUACAGGGAGUGGUCUGGGCUCUGAGAUCGCUGCAGUCACCAAGUGCGGUUCGUUAAGCACCUUUUCUUUGGCGCCUUGCCCGUCGGGAACAGCGACUCUGGCUUUUGAGUCCUAUUUUUUCCCUCAUGGCCCAAACUACGUUUUGAGCUGUCGAUACAGCCCAGUCCGCCACGCCGUGAAGCCGUCUCUGGAAUCUCCGCCGUUGGGUGAAUCCCCGCCACUGGAAUGGCUAGCUCGCCGGAGGCGCGAGGCCCAGGAGGAACUCGGCGCGAAGCGGAAGCAAAGACAGUAUGCGCAUGCUUGGUGGCAGCAGCAAAAGUUCGCGCAUGACUGGUGGCGGAAGCGUGGAGGAGGCGUGUGGUGGCAGCACCUGGUGGAUGAACAGGACGGGGCUGUGUGGGGCGAGAAGGACCGCGCGGCAGCCUGGGCCGAUCAGGUCCGGUGGGGCGGGCAGUGGUGGGAAGAGUUCAGAGGCGCGAAGCCGUGGUGGCAGCAAGAGGCUGGAGGGCGCGCGUGGUGGCAACAGCAAGGCCGGAAGGCCUGGUGGCAGCGGCCGCACCUCGAGCACGCAGGAGACUGGCGGAAACAGGUGCUUCAAAUUGGCGGUUGGUACGUCUGGGGGCCCGGCAGAGACGGGAGCGGGAGGGCCGAGACGCUGGUCCGAGUCGACGACGGCGGAUCGGGGCAGAUGGCGAGGACGUGUGCGGAAGGCCAAAGGAGUGAAGCGUCCGAGGUGACCCGCGAGUGUGAAGAGCAGGGGAGACCAACGGAGAUAGCCGGUAAAAGGGAGCGAGACAGUCCGGCGCCCAGCCCGUCGCUGAGCCGCGACGAUGGUACAGAUGAGGGGACACGGACAGCCGGAGAAGGCCAAGGUCAGCGAAGAAAAGUAACUUGGAACGGAUCAGAUGAUGGAAACGAGACUUGUUGGGUGCAGCGCAUGGCAACGACUGGAGCCGACGGCGUCUGCGUGCUUUGGAAACGCGAGGGAAAUGGCGAGUGGACGAGCGAAAGGGAGCUUAUUGGACAUGAUCGGUGGGUGUGGGACUGCACAUUCAGCCGCGAUGGCAAGAUGCUGGUCACAGGAGGCUCGGACGCCUGCUGCAAGCUGUGGUCAGUUGAAACGGGGAAGCAAUUUCUGGAAUACUUCCCGGAAAAGAGCAUCGGCCCCACAGGAGAGAGAGUCCGGAGCACCAAGGCCAUUCUAGCGAUAUCACUGCUCGAUGCACCCGUGGACAAGAAUAAGUAA